GAGCAAGUAGUGCAGCUGUGACAGUCUGCUUCAACCGCGUUGUUUUUGUUUUAAAUCGUCGACCAGCAGCAUGAACGACAAGCUGGGUCUUGCCGCCGUCGGGUUGGGCUUCGCGGGCUGGUUCUGUGCCGUGUUGACCCGCUUUGUGGCCAUGUGGACGGUGACCGGCUCUGUUGACAACAACACGGACACUGUGGCUCUGCACUGGGACGGCGUGUGGAUCCACUGGGAACAGGAAGGAGACGGCUCGCUCCAUUGUCACUUUAUCCAGUCGGUGCUACAUCUGUCCGGAAACUUCCGAUCCUGGAGGGCUCUCAUUACUGCCUCGAUCUGCAUCGGAUUUGUAGCAAACUUGCUAUACGUUGUCGGGCGUCUGAAGUUCCCCGGGCGCGUACAGGUGAAGGUGGUCUCGGGUGUUUUGUUUGUCGUGUCAGGCUUGUUGUUGCUGGUGGUAUCGUCCUGGGUGUCCCACCGCAGUUCUGAGCCUCUGAACAGUGUGAUUCCACUUAAACGUGAGUUGGGGCCGGCACUCUACACGGGCUGGAUUGGGACGGUACUGCUGGUGGUGGGGGGAGGAACUCUGGUCAGUAUGUGCUGUCUGUCGCCCCCGCUAGAGGUUUAUCGCACGCCGGCGUCACCGAGCGCUCCAGAAGCGGUGGACCCUCUCAGCACCCACACUUAUGGACAAGACGAUUCGCCCUAUUAUCCGACCACAAGACCAUUCUGAAAAGUUAUGAACGCUGAGAUGUUUUACGAUACACAUGGAGGCGGUUGUGGUGAAAUGCAUUGCCUUAAUUUGACUACGGUGUUGGACAUAGGCUAAAUUAACUUUUCUACAAGGUGAUGCGUUAAAAGGUUUUUACUCUAGCACUUUUCUACAAUUAUUAUUUAUGUAAUAUAUGUUGGUGUUUUUUAUGGUCUUUGUGCUAAUGAGGUGAGGAGGAUGACCACUUCAUUAGACUAACAAAUCAUGAGGUCAUAAAUGGUCAGAUUAUUCUGCUUCUCCUCUACCUCGGCUUCAUCUGGCUCAGCAUGUGAAUGUAUGUCCUGUCUCAAUUAUGUGGCACGUUUUUGUAAGGACAAUAAACAGUGGGCACUCACUGGUCCUGAAACUG